GCGGCUCCUAGCCCAGCCUGCACAUGUCCCCUUCGCGCGGCCGGGACCGGGCGCCUCCGCCGCCGCCGCCGCCGCCGCCGCCGCUGCUGCUGCUCCCUCCUCGCCGGCUGCUGCUGCUGCAGACUCUGCUGCUCCGGGGCGCUCCGCGGCGCGCCCUGCGGCAUCAGCGCCCCGCGCGGCUCCUCCCGAGCGCUGCGCCCUCCGGGCUGGAGCGGGGUCUGCGGGGCGGCCGCCGCUGUGCAGGAGGCACCGGCCGGUGCGAGAAAGCUUGCUCACUGCCGGCCGGCCGGCCGUCCGGGCGUCUGCGGGAGGCUGGCUGCCCGGCUUACUCCAGGGGCAGCAUGCGCGGCGGGGCUGGAAGCUGGGGCGCGCUCUCCAGGCGAGACGCGGGGCUGCGCGGGGCAAGGGGUCAGCGCUCCGGGGCCGGGGCGCGCGGCUGCAGCACGAACGCGUCACGGCCGCUCCGUCUGAGCGCCCGCCGGCUCAUGUCUCCUCCUCCGCGUCUCUCCGGCCGUGCGCAUCGCCACCUCCCACCACUGGCGGCGGCCGGGGCGUUUUCUACGCGCGGGCGGCGAGGGGGCGGGGGGCCGGGGGCGGGCCCGGGCCCGAGCCGGCACAAUGAGGAUGCGGGGCCCGGGGGCUCCCCCCUCGGGGCGCGGCCGGACGGGCGCUCAGCUAGCCUGGGUGCGCCGCGCCCACAUCAAAGGCGGCCCUGCCUGCUUGCCUGCCUGCCGCAGCCUCUCCACUGCCUCCUCCUCCUUCUCCUGGCGGCUCCGGUUUGGAGGGAGGCGCUCAGACUCUCGGCGACGGGACCGGCAGCUCCGAAGGAGCAGAGCCAGCAGCUAGGCUGGAGCUGGUGA